AUAAAGCCCUUGAGUGGAUCGUCGAGUCUUUUAAAAAAUGAAGAAAAUCACAGAAUAUUUUAUUUUUGCAUUUAUUUUCAUUAUUGUUGCUUCCUUCAUAGACCUUAUUGACACAGCAGAGACUUGUGGAAGUCUCUAUGGGAAUCAAUUGUACUGCCCCACGGGUUAUCAUUGCUGUGACGAGACAGCGACCACCUGCUGCGCUGACGGCUUCAUCUGCGGAGGGACUGUCUGUAUCAGUAUAGCUGCAAUCGUCAUCCCAUGCAUCAUCGUUCUAAUCAUCAUUAUAGUGAUCGUCGUUAUCAUCGUAAAGAAGAAAAAUGCACAACAAGGAGUGGUAGUCAGCCCAGGUUAUCCUCAGACAAGCCAAAAUCCAACACACGGUCAGUUCAAUCCAGCUGGACAGCACCCUCCCCCGCCCCCAGGAAAAUACUAGUGACCGUUUGUGAAGGCACAUGGAAUCAAUUUAUUUGUGACUAUUUGUUUUACUACGUAGUUUUACUUUGAUUCUUCACUGCUCCUGUACAGUGUAUUACUACGUAACGUAACUGAGUUUUCUGAUAAAUUUGAAUGUUUAAAGAGACUACAUAUUUUUGGUUUGCAUAUAACAUGUGUAAUGUGUAAAUCGUUUUUGCUUGAGUUGUCUACCUGGGAUAGUUUUGACUUGGAAUAUUUAGUAUUUUCAUCAAAAAAAUGUUGUAAAUGUUGAAACCAUUGCUUUUAAAUCUCAUUUUGCUUAACUGCAUGGGGACACUUGCUCUAUAAUAUGCAGGAUAAAUCUCCAAAGAAUCUCAAAAAUGUUAUAAACAGAUAAAAGAUUAUUGCAAUUCUUUUUGUUUUUCAAUGCACAUAGACUUGUAAACAAUAAAGACGCAAGGUCACGUUAAUAAAAUUUUAUUAAAAUGUAAAA